AUGUCCGUCCGGGGGGCGGUGACAGAGGCAAAAUUCUCAGAGGCUUUGCAGUUUGCAAACGAUUCGUCUGAAAAUUCAAAGCUGCAGCGUCGUCAUUCUAAAGCGCUUUCUCUGUCGUCGCUGUCGGAUGAGAGCUCAAAAGACACAAACUUUAAAGCUUUUUCGAAUGAGGCAUGUCGUGAUGUUGAGCGUGAACUCGAAGCCCUUAAAGCACGGCUACACGUGUUACAAAGACGAAGGCAACAUCAAAAUACCAGCCAGGAUACAAUCACUCCAUGUAAGAUUAAGAUGCAAGGCGCUUCUGUUGGUCCAGGCAAGAUCGACCAUGCUUUGAUGUCUAUUUCAUCCUCCGCGCCUUUAAUCGAGACAAACUAUUCAUCAACUGUUUCGACGUUAUCAAAGGCGCAACAAGAGGCAGAAGCUGUAGCAGACCAAGUGGCAACAACACUUAAGAAAUGUGAUCAACUUUUGCUGCGGGCCAAAUCUUGUGACACAACGUGCGCGUCAUCUGUGAAUAAGUUAGAAGAUUGUAUCCAGCAAAAAAGUAACGCAAUAACGGUGCCAAAUUCUUAUCGACUAUCCGAUUCUGCAGCAAGUGAUGUUUCAUCAAUAGGAUGGGACGGGAAAUAUUCAUUGGCUUCUGAGGACCAAGAAGCCUUGUUAGGUCAAAAAGUAGCUUCGGUUAAGCGCUUCGCUGCACGUUGCCACCGCAACAUUGCAGUGAGCAAUAGCAAGAUUGCGUUGCAUCAGCAGCAAACACAAGCUGCAUAUUUAAAGGAGCUGCAGCGCAAAUUUGAAUCAAAAAAACAAAUUACGCUCAUGGCUCUUCGCGAGAAAUAUGAAACAGAAACAAAGGCACUAGUUAAGGCAAAAAUGGAAGAGUUUGAGGAUGAAGAAGCUAGUGCAGUCAAGAUGACUCGCGAGGCGCUUAUUGAUGAGCGCAAUCGAGCACUAGAGGAAAUACAAACCAGUCACAAUGCAGUUUUGGAAGAAUGCAUAACUCAACUGAGUUUGCAAACGGAGCGAGAAAAAAAAGAACUUCUUAAUAGGCUGCAAGACGAACGAAGCCGCAUGCUUAUACAGAUUCAGAGCGACAAUGACUCAUCACUUAGGCGCUGGGAAGUCGAGCAGAGAGAUAAACUAGAGAAAGAAAUGUACGAGCACCGAGAAGCAGCAGUGGCUACUGCCCUUCAGUCUCAAGAAGAGCGAACUGCAGUGUUAAAGCAGGAGAUUCAGGCAUCGCACGUAAAAAAAGAGGAAGAGGAGCUUCAAAAAUUAAAAAAAGCACUCGCGUUUGGAGCACACGCUCAAUUGCAACAGCUUCGCAAGUUGCUAGAGACAGAACACAUCGAAAAGGUGCAGGAUAUUGAGAAUGAAGCUAGACUCGCUCUUGAUAAAGAAUUGGAGAAUUUGAAGCAAAUGCUGCAGAGGUCUUACCAGGAGCAACAGGAACAACUAAAGCGAGAUCUGGACAAAAAAACACGCGUAGCGGUCAUGGAUCUUCAUGAUACAAUGCAAAUUGCUCAGCGGGACAGUUUGAAUGCGUUGAGAGCUGAAGCAGAACAGCACAAAGCUCAAGCGCUAGCUAGUUUUCGUCAAGAGAGUGAGCUUAAAUGUCGUAAGGAACUUCAAGAACUCGAACAAAGCCUUCAGCAGGAAAUGUCUGCGAAGUUGCGGCAAUUGGAAAGAAAUCACAUUGAAGAAUGCGAGCUUAAACUGGAGCAGUUGCGGACGCGUGCUGUAAAUUUACAUGCUCGCGAGCUGGAAGCAAAGCGAUCACGCAUGAUUCAGUGCAAGAACGUGCUACUCGACGAAGCUACUGCAUUUCUGACCUUUGACAAUAAGCUGUCGGAUGAUUAUCGAAAUAAAGCUCAUUUAGUUGACAAAUCAGCAGCUGCUCAUUUAUCCGAGCUGAAAAAACAUUUGUCAAAAGAAUUAGCACGAUACGUGACUGUGAUGGUCUCGGAAUUCGACGAGCUUGCCGAAGAACAUCAAAUCUUGGUGGCCAAGAUUACAGAAUCAACACAGCUCUAUUUGUCUUUUAAAAGACAGUGCGGGGUUUUUGAAGCACAAACAGCGGAGCUCUCAAGUGGCAUCGAAACUUUGAAUGAGCAACUCCAGAGGAAAGAUGCUGUUUGUAAAGAGCUAUACCUGGCUAAUGAAGCAUUACUUAAACGUGUUCAAACACCGGCAACAGAGACUUCUAUGGUUAAGGGCGAGACUUAG